UAUUCAGGAUGCCCUCCUCUAGAAAAUUGCAGUUAUAUCCGGAAUUAUCCGGAUGUGAUUUUUGUCUAGAAACUUCGACGCCGUUUUCUCUCACUAUAAAUUCCCAAUCCUCCCAUUUGCAAAGAGCAGUUUAGGCAGCAUACAAAUCUUUAUCCUGUAAAAGAGAAUUCAAUUCUGGUUCUUGAAGUCUCGGUGUAUCAGAAAACUAGUGAAAAAUGGCUUUGAUCCCAACCGGUUUUGGGCGAAGGUCCCAUAUCUUCGACCCUUUCUCUCUUGACAUUUGGGAUCCCUUUGAGGGCUUCUUCCCUUCGCCCCUGAGCACCGCUUCACCUUCUUCUCUUAUUCCCCAGGACCCAGCGACCUCUGCGAUCUUGAACGCCAGGUUCGACUGGAAAGAGACAGACAACGCUCAUAUCAUCAAGGCCGAUCUCCCCGGUCUCACCAAAGAGGAGGUGAAAGUUGAGCUGGUGGAUGGCAGAGUGCUGCAGAUAAGCGGAGAGAGAAAGAAGGAGGUGGAAGAGAAGACCGAUAGGUGGCACAGGGUAGAGAGAAGCCUGGGCAGGUUCUUGAGGAAGUUCAGGCUCCCUGAAAAUGGGAAGGUCGACGAAGUGAAGGCGACAAUGGAGAAUGGAGUUCUCACUGUGACUGUUCCCAAAGUUGAAGCCACAAAGACUGAUGUGAAAUCCAUCGAGAUUUCAGGUUGAGUUUCCGAGUUCUCUGUUAUGGAGGGCUUGGGAUCCGGGAAAAACGAAGGUUUUUUUUACUUGUUGACCAUGUGUAUAGAGCUGUGGAUGUUGUAUCUAUCUGUGAAGUGAACAUGUGGAUAUGUGGCGUGUGGUUUCUUCUGUGUUUCAGAAAUGUAAUGGUAUAUCUGUUUUGGAGAAGUGAAUGUGUGGCGUGUGCUUCGGAGUUGUAUGGUUGUUAUGAUAUAUGAGUUUUAAGUGUGAUAGAUAAUGUGGAAUUUUACUAUUUUGUUGAUUUGAUGCAGUUGAUGCGAAUUGUUA